AUGGUGAUGGAGGCCCCAAGGAGCUGGGCCCAGACAGCUUUGGAUCUGCUAAGGGUGGAACAGAUCCUGGCGGAGUUCCAGCUGCAGGAGGAGGACUUGAAGAAGGUGAUGAGGCAGAUGCAGAAGGAGAUGGACCGAGGCCUGAGGCUGGAGACCCACGAGGAGGCCAGUGUGAAGAUGCUGCCCACCUACGUGCGCUCUACCCCGGAAGGCUCAGAAGUUGGGGACUUCCUCUCCCUGGACCUGGGCGGCACCAACUUCAGGGUGAUGCUUGUGAAAGUGGGGGAAGGGGAGGAGGGACAGUGGAGUGUGAAAACCAAGCACCAGAUGUACUCCAUCCCCGAGGAUGCCAUGACGGGCACUGCUGAGAUGCUCUUUGACUACAUCUCUGAGUGCAUCUCCGACUUCCUGGACAAGCAUCAGAUGAAGCACAAGAAGCUGCCCUUGGGCUUCACCUUCUCCUUUCCUGUGAGGCACGAAGACAUCGACAAGGGCAUCCUUCUCAACUGGACCAAGGGCUUCAAGGCGUCAGGAGCAGAAGGGAACAACAUCGUGGGGCUCCUACGAGAUGCCAUCAAACGGAGAGGGGACUUUGAGAUGGACGUGGUGGCGAUGGUGAACGACACCGUGGCCACGAUGAUCUCCUGCUACUACGAAGACCGCCGGUGUGAGGUUGGCAUGAUUGUGGGCACGGGCUGCAACGCCUGCUACAUGGAGGAGAUGCAGAACGUGGAGCUGGUGGAAGGGGACGAGGGCCGCAUGUGUGUCAACACCGAGUGGGGUGCCUUCGGGGACUCGGGCGAGCUGGACGAGUUCCUGCUGGAGUACGACCGUGUGGUGGAUGAGAACUCCCUGAACCCCGGCCAGCAGCUGUACGAGAAGCUCAUCGGCGGCAAGUACAUGGGCGAGCUGGUGCGGCUCGUGCUGCUGAAGCUUGUGGACGAGAACCUGCUCUUCCACGGGGAGGCCUCGGAGAAGCUGCGCACGCGCGGCGCCUUCGAGACGCGCUUCGUGUCGCAGGUGGAGAGUGACUCGGGCGACCGCAAGCAGAUCUACAACAUCCUGAGCACGCUGGGGCUGAGGCCGUCGGCCACCGACUGCGACAUCGUGCGCCGCGCCUGCGAGAGCGUGUCCACCCGCGCCGCGCGCAUGUGCGCCGCGGGGCUGGCGGGCGUAAUCAACCGCAUGCGCGAGAGCCGCAGCGAGGACGUGAUGCGCAUCACCGUGGGCGUGGACGGCUCAGUGUACAAGCUGCACCCCAGCUUUAAGGAGCGGUUCCACGCCAGCGUGCGCAGGCUGACGCCCAGCUGUGAAAUCACCUUCAUCGAGUCGGAGGAGGGCAGCGGCCGGGGUGCGGCCUUGAUCUCUGCGGUGGCCUGUAAGAAGGCCUGCAUGCUGGGCCACUGAGAAUAACGGCUGCAAGGCAAGGAGGAGGCUGUGGCCGCUACUAGACCUGGGCCCCAGGGGACACACUCCCUAUAGGUCCCCCCCAACCUGGUCCAGUCAAGAGGCUUCUCCUUGUAAGGACCUUGGAUGCCUCCCAUCCCCGCUGUCACCCCAGGAGAUGGGGAAAGCUUCUCUGGGGAUGCGGUGAGGCCCUGGGCAGGCCUCUUCUCUCAGGGUCAGUUGGUAGGAUAGCCCUAGGGCUCUGACUGGGUUGGGGGCUGAGAUGAACAGGAAUGGAGAACCCCCAAAGUACCUCACCUUUCUUGCUGCAAUCAAGGGCCCAGAGGGGAGUUAUUAACUCAGGAUUUUGUUGCAUUUCUGCACUGCUUGCCUCUUGGAGCUUUCAGCCUCGCUCAGCCCUGGCUCUGGGAAGGGGGUGCUCUCUGGACCCUACUAUGGCCUGGAUUCCCUGGGAACCCAGCCCACAUGGGGAGGCAGCCCUCAUGACCUGGCCAGACCUAGACUUGGGCUCCACAGGGGGCCCCGGGGAGCUGCUGAUCACCCAGGCUUGGGAAAUGGAAGGGACCAGCUCCAUGUUGGAGGCUGUGGGUACCCCGAGGCCUGGAGAUGGCAGCCUUUUCCCUCCCAUCCUGCCAUCCCUGAGUGGUUUCUGGUUCUGGGAUGGACCCUCACAGGAGGUGCAAGAGACAGAGUCCCCAAAGCCCCUGCCCAGAGGGGCCCGGGAAGAGGAGGAGUCCCCCUACCCACAGACAGGCCUGGGAGCAUCUCCGGGAUCGAGUCCUCGGCUCCCAUGGCGCUGGGCACUCAGAAACCCCAGCAGCACUCAGCACACCCCCAAGGGACAACCCAGGCCUCUUUCUUCUCACCAGACCUCCAUGUACCACACCAACCUCUCCACGCCCAACCUGGAACUGUGUGGGUUUUUUUAAUUAAAAGUUUUAAAAGUUUAGAACAUGA